AUGCCGCUCGAAACAGCCGGUGCAGAUGCAGAUGUAGCUGCCGACUCCUCCAUUCUUGGGCGUUCUGGGGCGGCGAGUGGAGCACCGCAGCUAGAAGGUGGGUUGGGCCAAUUUACUGGAUUGACCGCAGGACGGCAGGAAAAGCGCUCAAGUUGCGGCUGCGCCUCGGAUUGGAUAACCGAUGAGCUGCUAAGCCUGGCGGGGAAGCUCAAGACGAUCGUUCCAAAGGGAACGUGGGAAAGCUUUGGUAGUGAAAACGAGAUUUCCGAGGAAAACGGCUACAACGUGAAGAAGCGGCCACAGGUGCGGGUAUCGUUUGAGGUGCGUCGUGACGUGCUUCUCCACCAACGAAUGGUGCACACGAGUUACCUGACGAAGGAGGCCAGUGAAGAUAGUCGUGACCAACGCGGCACAACGAGCACCAUGUAUGAGGUGGCGAGGAAUGAAGUGGACACCGGGGUCCAGGCGGUUUUACCAAUUGUGGACAAGAUGACACAGACGCCCUUUUCCCGAAAGGUUGACGCCGCCAUUCAAGUGCAACCCGCCCUUGUUGAUGCGUGCAUUAAUAACAUAACGGUUCCAAGAACCGAGGAUCCGGAGAUGACGGCUUUUUUUAAUAAGGUGCUUCCCCGUACCUUACACUGUCUGCUGCAAAACUAUGAGGUGGCUAUCUAUCAAGAUGAAUUUGUCCUGUUUACGGAGGAUGAUGCGAUUGUGGGUUCCCGCGACGAUACUGUCCUAAUUGAAAAAGGUAACUACACCCACACAACCAUGAAGGAUCUUUGCGUUUCUUCCAUCAGCUGGCGAAGUUGUCGCCCCAAGGAUGACUUUGUUUGCAUGGCCUCGGUUUCGAGGUGCACCUACGAGGAACGUAUCGAGGCUGAAAAACGAUGUGAAACAGCCAUUAACCUCGUCUGGGAUUUUGCGGAUCCCAUGCAUCCACGGGCCUUCUUGGAGGCUCCAGUGGAAAUACAGGUCCUUAGGUUCAAUCCGUUAAAGCCAAACUAUAUUGCAGGCGGUGCAAUGAAUGGGCAGCUGUUUCUCUGGGAUCUUAAUCGUAUGGACACAGCCACGGUUUCCAACAUAAAGGCGGGGAUAGAGCGUGUGGAAGAUCAAAAUGUAGUGAUUCGGUCGGAACCUGGGACGAAGGACAUCCCUCCGAUGGCGUUGAGUGUGAAGGGAGUUAGUACGGAGCGGGAUGGGGAUGUUCUUGUGCCUCGCCUACAGCCGGUGCAAAGUUCUCGGGUGGAGCUGUCGCAUAGGCGUCCCGUGCACGCUCUUCAAUGGAUGCCUAAUGGUUUGGAGUGUGGGUUUGACGGGAAACAAACUGUGACACAAGAAGGACGCCAGUUUUUUUCGCUAAGCGAUGAUGGGUACAUGUGUGUGUGGGACAUUCGCCCUGAUCAUCUCCCCCCUGAUAAGCUUCGCAAGAUGAAACACCAAGGCCGGGUGGGUGGUGAAGAGUUUCCAUGGGUACCGCUGUUGCGCUAUCAAAUGUCAAGACCCGGUGGUGGUAGUGAGCUGAUGGGAUUCCGUUUUUACGUAGACGGCCUUGGCCCCCAUCAGGUACCGUCGUACGUCGCCGUAUGCGGCACGACACUUGGGGAAGUUGUGAUGUGUAGCACACUCACACCGAAUGAACGGCAAGAACUCUCACCUCACGCGGACGAAACCCGUGUUGUACGCCUCCUGACUAAGGCGCAUGCUGGGCCCGUCUACAGCAUUCAACGGCAUCCUCUUAUCAGUGAUGUUUAUUUGUCAUGCGGUGAUCUCCACUUUAAACUUUGGCGUGUGGGAUUGGAUCGUCCCAUUUUUAUUUCCUCGCGGCAUGAUGCUCCUAUCACAUGUGCCUGUUGGGCACCGUUGCGGGUGGCUGUUGUGGUGGUAGGCACAGUGGAUGGAAAGAUUCUUGUGUGGGACCUGCUAGAUCGAAAUCGAGAGCCGCUGGUUGUGCAUCAACUUGUGCAGGAUGCCAUUACAGUCAUUAACUUUAAACCAGUGCCACCGGUACUGCCUCCACACUAUGUGCAAUACGCUGCUAUUGGUACAAGCGUCGGCUCAUUUCACUGGUACGCCCUGCCGAAAGUUCUGUCACGUGGCCUGAGUGGGGAGCAGCGGCACUUCCGUGCAAUGUUAGAGCGGGAGGUGCGUCGUGUGUACUACUACAGCUGGCGUUGGUCGGAACGCGAGCGAGAGAAGGAUCGCUACGGUGUCGCGGCCCCAAAGAUGCUCGGAAAGUCCUCUUCUAUUGCAGCUGCUGCGGAGGAAAAGGCGCCAUGGGCCACAGACGCCUUUGAGGAAAACUUCUACGCAUACGACGGCCACCGUGACGAGGAGUUCCUUGAGAAGGUGAAGCAGCCGCUGCCAGAGGCGGAGAGGAUGGAGAUGGACGACGUGGUGGAGGAAGAUGGGGUUGAGGAAGGCAACGACGCGUCGUAA